CAGCCACUGCACUGCGCCUGCUCCCAGAGCCCCCGCCAACUUUCAGUCCCGGCAGGUACCGCGGCCGCAGUGGGCGGUGCGUCCCCGUCCGGGAGGAGCUAGGAGGCCGCGGUGAGCCGAGCUGGUUGCCCUGUGGGCGUGGCCUGCGAGCGUCCGGCAGCCGAGGCGGAGGCGUUGGUUCCCGCUGUCCCCCAGCCAUGGCACAGUUGCCGCUUGACGUGGAAGGGGACGACUGUCUCCCUGAGUACCGCUACCUCUUCAGUCCCGACCUGCUCCGGGACAAAGUGGCCUUCAUCACCGGAGGUGGCUCGGGGAUUGGGUUCCGGAUUGCUGAGAUUUUCAUGCGGCAUGGCUGCCACACAGUUAUCGCCAGCAGAAGCCUUUCGAGAGUGACGAUGGCUGCCCAGAAGCUGACUGCGGCCACCAGCCAGCGGUGCCUGCCUCUCUCGCUGGAUGUUCGUGACUCCCCAGCUGUCACUGCUGCUGUGCGCCAGGCCCUGCAGGAGUUCAGGAAAAUAGACAUUCUCAUUAACUGUGCAGCUGGGAACUUCUUGUGUCCAGCCAGUGCUCUGUCCUCCAAUGCCUUCAGGACAGUGAUGGACAUCGACACCCUGGGCACCUUCACCGUGUCCCGUGUGGUCUACGAGCAGUUCUUCCGGGAUCACGGGGGGGCGAUUGUGAACAUCACGGCCAUCCUGGGCGCCCGGGGGCAGGCGCUGCAGGUGCAUGCCGGCUCUGCCAAGGCAGCUGUGGAUGCCAUGACAAGGCACCUGGCUGUGGAGUGGGGGCCCCAGAAUGUCCGUGUCAACAGCCUCGCGCCCGGCCCCAUCAGUGGCACGGAGGGCAUUCGACGGCUGGGCGGCUCCCAGGUCAACACAAAGGCCCUGUCCUGUCCACUGCAGAGGCUGGGGACCAAGACAGAGGUGGCCCACGGUGCACUUUUCCUGGUCAGCCCACUGGCCUCCUAUGUGACGGGGACUGUACUGCUGGUGGACGGCGGGUCCUGGCUGACCUUCCCCAAUGAUUUCCAGUUGUUGACCAAGUUUGCAUCCUCUUCAAAGCUCUAGGUGCUGUCCCUGGGAGGCCAGGCCCUCUCCCACUGAGCAGGAGCACCGACUGACCCUUCCUCUGGAGCUGCACCCUGUCCCGGGGCCCCCUGAAACCUGCCAGCGCAGCCAGUGUAUGGGCCUUCCAGAGCUGCUGGGCUGUGCCCUCUUUUCUUCCUGCCCUUGUGCCUCCUGGGGCAGCUUCCUGGUGCCCAAGCCUGUCCUUUGCUGAGUCUCGACUGAGCUGGACUGGCCUCAGGGGAAGCUGCUCACACCCCCAGCUCCCUCCUUUGUCAGGGGGAUCAAGGGCACAGGGCCACUGUCUAAGAUGUUCUUCAGGCUGUGCUCCACUCACAUAAACACAGUUCCUGAGACUUUGCCAGAAACUGCAUUUCCUAACCGGAAACUUUUACUAUGAAAGCUUCAAUUCAGGCCAACAAAGUAGCUCAUUUG